AUGACACCUAGCGACUCUGGUGAAGACGACAUCCAACCAUAUGCUGUUAAAAACCAGGAAGACGAUGAUGAUGAUGAUGAUGGCAAUGAUAGCCACCUAGCAACAGCACAUGGUACUGCAGUUGCUGAGGCCUCGCCAACGACACCUAGCAACUCUGGUGAAGACGACAUCCAACCAUAUGCUGUGGGGCACGAGAGAGAUGACAACAAUGAUGCCAAUGAUGAUGAUGACACAACCGCAGAACAAUGUCGGUGGAUCCAGGUGCUCGUUGUUGUCGUGACGGUUGGGAUGAUUGUGUCACUAAUCGUUGGCGGGAUCUUUGCUGUGAAAGCCAGCAUGGGGGGUCCUCAGUUGUCAAAGCAGACUGUGGAGAAUGUCUCAGCAACUGGUUUCUCUGGAUGCUGCACUUCUGCUGAGACCACACUGUCGGCAAGCACCCAAAGCUCACAAGAAAUCGCUGGCAGAAAGUUGGAGAAGAUCACCAUUGGUACAUGUAAGCGCGGAAACAAACCCGGGGAAUUUAAGAGUAACUACGGAGUUGCCGUGUCUGCUGACAAUGAAAUAUUUGUGACUGAUUACUUCAACAAACGAGUCCAAGUCUUCAGCAUAAACGGGACCUAUCUCCGCCUCUUUCCAACCGUCGUGCCGGGUGAGUCUAGCAGAAUACCAAUGUACACUUCUGGUGUUGCUUUUGACGUGAACCCUGAAUAUUUAUGGGUUCUGGGGUUUCCUACACCCGUUCAAGUUAACGGGCAUGUCGUGCUGUACAGUAGGAACGGCCGGCCCAUAAAGACGUUCGACGUACGCUUCCUGGACCGAAAUCGGGUUCAAUAUCCCGUCAUUGCCAUGGACACGCGCAACAAUAAAGUCAUCGUGGGGGAGGGGGAUACAAUAAGGUUGUUUCAUCCCAACGGGACUCUCUAUCGGAGUAUAAACACUGGAACUCCAAGACAGGGGAUUAUGGGUGUCACUUCGGACAGGGAGGGAAAUAUCCUACUUAAUGAUGGGUUUAAAACCAUCAUGGUGUACAGUCCAUCCGGGGAGAAGAUAUUUCAAUUUGGAACGUUUGGAAGAAACAUGGGUCAACUGAAUUCCCCGAAGGGUGUUUGUGUGGACACCUCUGGUCGCAUCAUCGUGGCUAACCGUGGAAACAACCGGGUAGACAUGUUCGGGCGCUCGGGAGAGUUUGUCCGCACUAUCGGGAACGUUACCAAGCCGUGGGGUAUCGCAAUGGGACCGGAUGGGGAUGUGGUUGUGACUAGUCCACAUUGCCGUAGGGGUGGCCCAAAGGUCUCUAUUUUUCCAGGCCACAUGGUGUUCCUUUAG